AUGUUACUGGAAAAAGAUAAACCAUCAAUGCAAAAGUCAGACAAAAAGGCGAAACGCUCACUGAACCUUAGUGCGUCGUCUGACCUAUCACCGAGUAAACUUGUUAACUCUAAGAAGCGUAAAAAUCGUGAUUCAUCUUCAACUGGUGGACAUAGCAGCAUCAAAAAGGCAAAGAUCCAGCCUGUUAAAUUCGAAUCGGAUUGCCAGCAAGAUUCCGACUUUGAGGGUGCACAAAGUGUAUGCGCUAGCCCUGAUCGCUCAACCACAAGUUCUUGCUUGCUUCUAACUAACCUUGUCGGAGCUAUUAACGAGAAAGAAUUAAGAGAUUUCUUUAAAGAUUUACCCAUCGACUACAUCUCAAGAGUUUACUCUCCUCUAGUUUGCAUCACAGUUAAAUCUAAGGAUCUUUCAAAAAAAGUUAUAGAAACAUGUCGGGAAAAAAUGUUUUCAAAUAGGCGUCUUGGCGCGAUCGAGGUCUCUGGGGACGUUGAGGCACUCUUCUCCUCACCCAGCUUGCCUACUGUCCGUGUUACUAAUAUACCUCAUAAAUACGACGCUGUAAGUUCUUCCACCCCUGUCGGCUCUUCCACUAUUACCCUCUCUGGAUUGCCUGAGGUUUCGGAACACGAAAUUAAAUUAUUGUUUCCAUCCGCUGAAUCGCUUUCCUUGUUUGUCACCAAGGGGGGACAAAGGAAAUGCUUUGUCAAAUUUAAGGAUUCAAAAACUCGCGACUCUGAACUCAUAAGAUGUGCAAAUUUGGAGAUAUCUGGAACCAAGGUUUGCUCGUUUCAAUACAUUAUCGUUGUAGGUCCAGCCAACACGCUUGCAUUUACGGAUUCCAGAGCCAAUCAAGAGUCUUUCACUAAGCCCGGUUUAAUUGCUGGUGAUAAAAAAUCGCAAAAUCACUUGGCCAAAGACGGUCAUUAUAGGUUUGCAAAUAGCUCUCAAAAUAUCAAAAGGUCUAAUAAAAUUGAAUCUGGCCUUAGCAAGGAUGAAGAUGUUAGUGAGGACGAAGAUGAAGAUAAUACUAAGCCACCAACAGGAAUCGAUGCAGAUGAACAAGAUGAAGAAAGUGACGAGCAAGGCGAUGAUGAUGAAAGUGAUUUUGAGAAAGAGGAUGAAGAUGAAGACGAAUUAGAAAGUGAUCAGGAUCAAGAGAAUCUUUCGAUAAAGCAUCAACCUAUGGGUCUCGGGGAGCUCGUGGAUCAUUUAGAGGAGACAGAGGUGGAGCUGAUUCACGCGGACAUGGUUUCCGGGGUCCACGUGGUCGUUAUUUUAGUAAUGAUCGUGGAGGUCGGUCCCGGGGAAACUUCCGUGGAAGGUCACCUGGGUCCAGAGGAAGGGCGAAUAGCUCUUUUCGUGGGGGCAACAGUAAUCGUUUCCAACGUGGCAGUACUUGGGGAAAUCGUUGAUUCAAGGAUUUUGUGCACUUUUCUUAUUUUUAAAUAA